AUGCCCCCCGAUGAGCGCUUGCUCUCUGAGGCUUGCAGCGUUAGCCGCCAAUACUUGACGCUGGCGUCUCCCGGAAGCCCGUACAGAUACAAUGCACUGCGUACCCUUGCUUCAUUUUUGCAGAAGCUCGGCUCGUUCGAGAAAUCGACAAGAUACUUUACGGAGGCCGUGGCUCACUGUCAGGAAGCCACGCAGCUUUGCUCGACAACACAAGCCAUGCUGGUGGCGUCUACGUACGAUGUUUGGGCGGAAACAUUGCGAAGUUGGUCAGAAUUGACGAAGGAUGUCAACUUGAUUGACGAAGCGCUUGAGCGUCGGCAGACUGCUCUGGGACUAGCACCUCCCAUCCAUCCCAUGUACGCCACUAUUUGGGCGGGCCUUGCCGCUGACUUCCACGUCCGGUUCCUGUUGACCGAGCACAGCACUGACUCUGCACAGUGCAUGCAUGCCUACGCACAGGCGGUCGAGCAUCCAUACACCUCUAUAUUGGAACGCCUGCGCUUCAAUCGGACAUUCCUGGAGGCCGCAACUGUCGUGAAUGAUACGGAUUCAAUUUCGCGCGCUCACCGAACAAACAUGCACCUCCUCCCCCGGCUUGCGUACAAGGGAACAGAUAUGCGCUCCAGGCUUCAGGCUUUGAGAGGUUUUCAAGGCGUAGCAACAGCAGCUGCGAUGCAUGCGAUUGCUAACAUGAGAACCGAACUCGCCGUGGAAUGCUUGGAACAUGGUCGCACACUAUUAUGGAACGGCGUUUUACAUCUUCGUACCCCCUUCGACGGGUUGCCGGACAGGUUAGCAUCCCGUUUGCGGAUAGUCUCCCGCCAGCUCGAGGAAGUGGGGAUGAGCGACACCCGCAAGAUUUCGGAGAAGGGCGCAUCACGUCGGCACGCUCUUGUCAACGAGUUCGAAGAACUGCUCGAGCAAGCCCGUUCUCAUCCCGGGUUUGAGGCUCUUCUGCUUCCUCCAGAGUUCGCCAACUUGCGCAUUGCUGCGAAGGAAGGACCUGUGGUGCUACUGGUUGCAUCAGGGGAUGUCUCUACGGAUAUCAAGAUGGUCGCAGGUUCUGGUGCGAGCACAAAGAGAUGCCCGCAGUUGCUAUAA